AUGGCCCGAAUUCCAUUGUGGUCGAAGCAUGACGUUCUGCAGCGCACGCCGGAGCUUCAGGCUGUUCAGGCGCAUGUCGACAAGGAGAGGAAGGACCUGGCAAGUAUUCCGCCUCUCAGUGAGGUGGAUGGUCUGUGGGAUGCAGCUGGGCCGAACGGCUUUGUGACGCAUCGCUUGGGCGCCCUGAACGGCUGGUGCUCGGGUUUCAAGGCGCCCCACCCUGGAUGCCAGGCUUUGGCCCAUCUGGCUGCCAGUAUCCCUACGCAUUGUUUCUCAUGUCAUGAGGAAGCCGGCGAGCAGUCGUUCAUCCAUCCCUUUGUCGCGAGGUGCGACGCUCGCCAGGAAGAGCUCGAAAGCCUUGUGGCGCCUUCCUCGACUGGGCCCCCGGCAGAGAGCUUGAGCAUUGCAGACUUGGAGCAUGCGUGGCUGCUGCUCUGCCACGUCGCUUGCGCAUACCGGAGCAUGAAAGCGCACUCCGACCCCAAAGUCGUGGUGGAUGCUGUUGCCAGCACGUCCGGGCCGCCACGUCCUGCUGCACUCGCGAAGGAGCUGGAGAAUGACUGGCUGGAAAAUGUGGCAAAGCAAUUCGCGGAAAUCAUUGAUCGUCCUUUUCACGGAGUACCCGAGUAUGCGGAGUUGGUGCUCAACAAUUGGUACGUCCCAGGUUACCCGAGCAAUGGCAAGGAGGGCGAAGCCUUCAUCAUUUCUCGGGAAAACAUCCAUUUGGUUCAGCCGGCAUGCCGAUUCCUGGCUUUGCCGGAUGAGGAGUGGUACAGGAAGCUCCACCUUGUGCUGGAAGCGGAGGGCGGUCGCGCCAUCGCAGCCGCACACCAGUCGAUUCGAAGUGCCAUGAAGCAGCGGAACAACCGUGAGAUUGUUGGUUCGCUCUGCCAGCUCGCGAGUGACAUCGACUGUCUUAGUGAGUUCCAGCGGAAUCAAUUUGACAACAAAGACUCGCGCGGAGAAGCUAUCAUGAUGCAACGAUUGCGGCCUUUCGUCAGUCCGAAUUUGGCCGACACAGAAUUCGCAGUAUGGAUUUAUACGGAAGGAUCUUCGCCCUUGCUACCGGCCCUACACGCAAUUCUUGGGCUGCGUAAGCUGGAUGGAAUCUCGGGCCCACUGCAGGAACAUUGGCAGCAGCAGGGGCGAGUGUGCAUGCCGGCAAACCAUCGCGACUUCCUCGACAGCCUGGAAAACGAGCAGUCAGUACGAGCCUACUGUCUCCGCGAAUGGAGACACGAAUCGGUGGAGGGGAUUGCUGCUCUUGAGGAUGCUUUUAACAACUGCAUCGAGGCCCUCCUGCGGUAUUGUUCCCUUCGGCAGAGGCUGGUUCUCAGGAUGUUCCCAGGCGUGGCGAAGAUCAAGAAUCUAAGUGCUGAGCAAGAGCAGGUGAUCCGCACGGGGCGAGUGUCAUUGCUCCAAAUGCGGCGGGUAGCUGAUGCACAGAGGAUGCAUUUGUCCACAAAAGCGCUCUCUGGGUUGUUGCCGAACGUCGGCGGACCGCCGAAGUUUGAGACGUGCGGCUACUAG